AAACCGUCCACACGUGCGCUCCCAACUGAUCCAGUCCAAACACGAGCCCGGAGCCGCGCAACCUCACCGGCGGCGGCGGUCGCGUCGCCGGCGGUGGCGGAUGGCCUCCACCUCCACCUCUGGCGGCGGUGCGCGGCCGUGGCGCACAGCGCUGCUCACCCUCCGCGACGAGUCCCUCGCCUCGCCCUCCCCCACGGCGCUGCUCGCGCUCCUCCGCGGCGUCCUCCUCUCCCCCACCUCGCCCUCGCUCGCCGCGUCCGCCGCCGCGCUCUCCCCUCACGAGGUGGGCUCGGAUGUGGCGUUCCUCGCGGAGACCGCCGCGGCGGCGGCCUCUUGCCCCGGUGCCGACGACGCGCUGCGCGGCGUCGGCCAUCUGAUUCAUGAUAUCAUGUGCAAAACAAAUAUGGAGAUUGACUCUUCUGGUUGGCUUGCAAUAUUGAAGUUUCUUGAUGCACUUGUGAAAUGCUCGAUUGAGGGAGCAUGUGUGAAGGGCCUCUCUAGUAGGACAGCUGCACUGAAUACAGCAUCUGAAUGUUUACAGAUCCUCAGGUUUUGGAGCCGGGAUUAUGGAAGAAGUAUUUCGUUAACUGAAAAUUCACAUUCACUAGUUGUGCUCAUCUCGAUUGUAUCAUGCUUGCUAGCUGAACUGAACCUCUCUGAUAAACCAAAUGGCACUGGCAUUUCUUCCCACGAUUCUGGAUCAGCGAAUAAUAAAAUUUCCAAUACAUGGGAUAUGAUAAUAUCUGCAUUUUCCAUCGUGGAAGAUAUAUUAUGUAAGAUUGCAUCAAGUAUGACGGAAGAUUUGUGGCAGUCUGUCAUUGUGGUCUUGAGAAAAGUUAUGGAUUUUGUGACAGCAAGGAACCUUAUUAUAGAGAGUAGUGUCAUGUCAAGAUUUUAUACUUCCUUUCUUCAUUGUCUACAUUUGGUUCUUUCAGACCCCAAAGGACCACUUUCAGGGCAUGUUGCAGGGUUUGUGGCUAAUCUGCAAAUGUUUUUCGUAUAUGGGUUGAGAUCAGCUUCGCCUCCUGCACUAGUUCCAAAACAAAUCGGAACAGAUUCAAAGCCUAGAGCUUCACAUCGUGGACGAUAUAGACCACCUCAUUUGCGGAACAAGGCUGGAAGAGAGAACGAUUCACUAGAAGGUCCAAGUUCAGAUAGUGAAUAUUCUCGAUAUGAUUUAAGUUCAUCAGAUUCAGAUCUGAGUGAUAGUGAUGGUUAUGCAAAAAAUGGAGACCGCUUCCGGAGUUCAAAGGCUAGAUUAGCUGCCAUCCUUUGUAUACAGGAUAUCUGUCGUGCUGAUCCAAAGUUACUUACUUCGCAAUGGCCAGUACUUUUGCCCGAGAAUGAUGUUCUUCAACAAAGGAAACAUCAAGCAACUCUUAUGACAUGCUUGAUCUUUGAUCCUGUAACGAAGGUACGUGUUGAGGCAGCAUCAGCCAUUGCUACCAUGCUGGAAGGGCAAGCGUUAGUUUUGACACAAGUUGCAGAGUAUAAGGAGUCAUCCAAGCGUGGAUCUUUCACUGCACUAUCUUGUUCGCUUGGUCAAAUCUUGAUGCAACUGCAUACAGGAGCACUAUACUUGAUACAACGUGAAACUCAAGCUACUUUGCUUGCGGCAUUGUUCAGAGUUCUCAUUCUUAUGAUAUCUGCUACACCGUAUGCUCGGAUGCCAAAGGAGUUGUUGCCAACAGUUAUUAAAGUCAUGUGCAGUAGGUUACCAAACACACACUCAAAUAAGAAUGAACAUUAUGUCUUGCUGGUUAACGUUCUAAGUUGCUUGGAGGCAGCAUUUUCAAAGGUGCUACCUACUUUGGAUGUCUUUGCGGUUCUCACUCAAGAUUGUGUUGCCGGGCCAUCUCAUGGUCAGCAAGAAUCAAGUGUGAUAGCUGUUCUUCUUCAUUGCAUAGAAGAGGAAAUGCAUUUCAGCAUUAGAUGUGGAGCUUUCCAGGUGUUGAGAUCAGCCGUUCACAAUUACCCAAGUUGUGCAAACAUGAUCUGGGAAAAAAUUCGAGACAAUGUUCUUGAUUUGUUGCAAAUACAAAGCUUUGAAGACCAAAAGUUGGAUGCUAACUUUGGGCCUCCUGGACCUAAAGAAGAAUCAUCUAUCAAGGGAAGGUGUCUUGUGGCUGGAAUAAAGGUAAUGGAUGAGUGUCUGCGCGUUUCAUCUGGAUUCAAGGGAGCAGAUGACAUCAAAGAAUAUAGAUUAAUGGAUAUUCAGCAUAUUUCGGAUUGUACCAUAAACAAAGUUAUUAAAUCUGCACCCCACUUCGAAGUUGAAGUUGCUGGAUCGUCACAAAAUUGCACUUUGGAUAUAACACUUGGAACUAGCCGUUGGAUUGAGGUGAUAGAGACUCAUCUCCCUCGCGGGUUAUCCCAUGACUCUGCUAUGGUCAGGACGGCAUCACUGACAUGUUUUGCUGGCAUGACUUCUGAUGUUUUCUUCUCCCUGCCAGAAAAUAAGAGAGACUAUGUGACCACCACAUCUGUCCAUGCAGCAUUAAGUGAUGUGGUUCCUAGUGUAAGAUCAGCUGCAUGUCGAGCUAUUGGCAUCAUCGCAUGUUUCCCUGAAAUACUGGCUAGCCCUAGCCUACCUGGCAAGUUCAUAGAUGCCAUUGAGUUUAAUACACGGAACCCAUCAGCUCCGGUUCGUGUUACCGCUUCAUGGGCUUUGGCAAAUCUCUGCUCUUGCAUUCGUUUUAAAGCAUUGGAAGUGCAUACAGAUCCCUAUGGAGGCGUACUGAACAAAUCAAGCAUAUCUCUGCUGGUUGAAAUUGCUUUGCGUCUGGCCAAAGAUGUUGAAAAAGUAAAAUCGAACGCUGUUAGAGCUCUUGGUUAUCUUUCAAGAUUUAUCAGAUUCAAUCACCAGGUUGAUGCAAUAAAUGACCCAAGUGAUUCAGGUUUUUAUGGUGAUCCUGUGUGGCUUGAAAGAAUGGUACAGGCUUUGAUUUCCUGUGUGACAACUGGGAACGUGAAGGUCCAAUGGAAUGUUUGUCAUGCUCUUAGCAACUUAUUCAUGAAUGACUCCUUGAGACUUCAAGACAUGCCCUGGGCAUCAAGUGUUUAUAGCAUACUUCUACUGCUAAUCCGCAACUCGAACAAUUAUAAGAUAAAGAUGCAUGCAGGUGUUGCUUUGGCAGUGCCAGUAUCAAGGCUUGAUUAUGGUAGCUCAUUUCCAGAUGUUGUUCAAGGCCUUGUGCAUGCUCUCGAGGCAUUGUGCUCAAACAAUUCAUCAUUACCUUCAAAUUUCAAACAGAAAGGGAACCUUGAGAAGCAGCUUACAUUUACUGCUCUUCAUUUGCUUGGGUUCGUUUCGCCAAAUGAUGACCCAAGCCUGAAAGAUUUUCUUAUCAAGAAAGCAUCCUUUCUAGAAGACUGGCUUAAAUCAUUAUGCACAUCAUUCAGUAACACCGAGCACCAGCCCUUACCAAUGGAGGCCAUAAAUGAGGAGGAUGGUUUCAGCCCAAAUGUGACGCAGAAAGUUAUGCUAUCUUCCGCCGUUCAGUCCUUGCUUGGCAUAUAUGCUGGUAGAAACCAGCAGGCUAUCACCCAGAGAUUUGAGCAACUGGCUGCAAGCCUCGUGAAUGGUGAAUAGUCGCUGUGGUCUCCACUCUCCAUUAACAAGCAGCAAGAUAUUGGUCGUCUACCCCUCGGAUGGACAGCCCAUCCAGCAAUGGAUUCGUGAAGUCUCCCGAGUUAAGAGACAGCAUGACUUUAAUUCCAAAUCCCAUUAACUCCAUCAAGAUUUCGAGAGUACGAGUCGUCGGCAGUUGUUCUGGAUCUUGGCCGUCCAGGAAAGCAUAGUUUAGUCGAUGCGUACUCGUGUGUGUAUUUAUUGUGAAAUAGUUUUUUUGGUUUUAUUGCAGGUGGUCAUGUUUCUACGCCUUCUGUAAAAUAGUGACUCGACGUUUUUUGUUGUUGUAACAUUACUACUGUGAAUACGUGUAGCAUUAUGUAUAUAAUGGACCUUUUUCCUGUUUAUCUUGA